AUGCCUGCCGCGCCCCCCAUUGCUCAUCGCCAAAAAGGGCUUGCGAAAGCGGCGCAUACUCGCUUGUUUACACCGCGCCCUCAGCCGUUUUCUACCCAUGCGAAGAUGGCCGGACUAGCGCAAAUUACGAAUAACAAUGAUAGGAACCCUGAUGUGGAUGCCAGCCUGGCGAUAUCCGCCGUUAUCGAAAGUAUGAAAGAAAAAGGCCAUUAUGAUUUGGCUGAACGUGCGGCGGCUGGCACGGGAGCGGAUGACGAUCCUGAGGAAGGCGCGAAAGAUGACGUUACCCAAUCCGCGGCAAGCAAUGAAGAUUUGUCCCGUGAAAAUGAUGGGAAAAAGACGCCGCUGGCUAGGACAGAUGCUGAACCGAAAAAUAGUAGUUACGAAGACGAAGAAGAAUUGAAAACACCCCCGCCUUCACCAACAGAGAAAGAGGAUAAAGUAGUCAGCAGUAGACCGAGCCUCUUCUCCCUGGCACAAGUCACGAGCAAAUUAGGCGAAAUGUGGACGACUGCUCGCGAGCAGAUAUUUGGUGAAGACUACUGGAUCCCUAGCGACUCAUAUGAAAUAAUUUUUUUCCCAAAUGAGCUUUUGAGGGCACACAAGGUGAUAUACCCAAAGGACGAAGAUGCGACACUAAAGAUCGUACAAGGAAGUUUGAAGAACGAUCCUGGGACCCCAAUUUUCCAUGGUGUCUUCCAAAAGGACAAGACGAAGCCAGCACUCAGCCUCUACCGAUGCCGCGGGGAACAAAGCCAGGAAGAUGCUUUUGACUUGUAUAGGCGCUGUUUGGAAUGCCAGCAGUUAAUUAUGAUUUCGGACGAAAAAGAUCCGCGUGGCCCGAUACGUGAAGUGAUCAAUCGAUUGCGGGAGAAUCCUUUGUGGAGAAUGAUUCACGUCGCAAUCGCUUGUAAUCGAGAAGAUCUUUUCAAGGAGGAAAACAUUGAGUAUAUGAACAAAAAUGGCAUUUCAUUUGACCUGCAAAUGCAACAAGUGCUCCAGAAUACAGGCAAAUAUCCCUUGUUGAUGGCGGUUGAGAUGAACCGGAUCGGAAUCGUGAGGAGAAUGCUGCAGAUCGGUACGGAUGCUUCGGUGCGGGAUAUUAAUGGAAAUAAUGUUCUACACAUAGCUGCUCUCACAGGGUCUCCGAUGCUAGAGCUUCUCUGGGAGUUUGCUGAAGUCCACAAGCUCCUCAACAACAUCAAUCAGGAUGGCUGUACACCGGUUACCGUAGCCAUUCGCAAUGUCAAUCCACGUUGUCUGACCGCGCUACGCAGAUUUGGCGCCGAUUUUACGAUUUCCGCGGCUGGUCGAAACGCUCUCUUCGAAGCGAUGAUGAACAAGGGGAAGGAUAGUGUAAUUAUAAAAACAAUCCUCGAAUCGUCGCCGGCCCUGCUGAACGAGGUCGACUCUUCCGGCAACACCGCUUUGCACAUAGCGCUCUACAAAACGCCGCUAAUGUCGCUGCUCCUGCUCAAGGGCUCCGAAAUUGAUCUCAACAAGCGGAAUAACGCCGGGCAGGCGCCGAUUCACUUAUAUACGCACAGGGGCGAUAUCGGUAUGAUGAUAACAUUGUCAUCGUAUUGUUGUGAUAUCAACGCACAAGAUGUCACCGGAAAUACGCCACUUCAUAUUGCCGUCAGCCGGAAGAAUUUGGAGGCAACUAGGCUUCUGCUCUGCCUCGGCGCCGAUCCAAACAUCCGUAACAAUCACGCCGAUUCGCCGCGGCAUUUGGCUGCUAGAUUAAGACAGGCGGAUUUGCUGAAAUCGCUGAUUCUUUGCGGCGCAAAUCGAUGUGAUGCCAGCAAGACGGGAUGUGUGGGCGGUUGCGUCGAAGAGAAAAUGAUGCCACUGAUGAGAUCAAGUACCGAAGAUUGCAACUCGCCGAGACCCGGCCAGCUGACCGAAAAGCCGAAUCCCCUGAAUUAUGCGGCCCCUCUUGAAGAGCAUCCGAUCAAGGAUCAUAUGCAGAAGAUGUUUUACGAAAAGCUCUUGAAGCGGAUGGAGGUGCUGGCUUCUCGUGGUGAGGCGGCACAUAAGAUGGUCAACCUAUUGUCGCUCGACGGUGGCGGUAUUCGCGGGCUUGUCAUCAUUCAGACCCUGAUGGCCAUCGAAGAGGUGAUGGGCGAGCCAAUCUUCCCGUACUUUGACUGGGUGGCCGGCACAUCGACUGGUGCCCUGGUUGCAGCCGCUUUGUCACAGGGCAAAACCCUCCGCGAAUGUCAGCACAUCUAUCUACGCUUCAAAGACUUGGUGUUUGACGGCUGGACCCGUCCCUACAAUUCGGCCUUGCUCGAGCAGUUUAUGAAGGAGCAGAUGGGCGAGGGGGAUUUGUCCGAUAUCAAAAUCCCAAGACUCAUGAUCUCGACCGUCAAAGCCGACUACUUUCCGGUGAAGGUGGAAUUCAUGCGCAAUUACCGGCUGCCGAUUUCUGAGAAAGAGAAUUUGGAACUGGGAUUUGGGGAGCCUUCAGAAACCCCGCUAUGGAAGGCACUUCGGCGUACCUCUGCAGCUCCAAUGUUCUUUUCGCCUGUUGAUGAUAAGUACAUUGAUGGCGGCAUCAUUUCCAACAACCCAGCACUCGAUUUACUAGCUGAAGUCCAGCUUUACAAUGGGACGAAUGUAUAUCUCGAUCGUCCUCAAGAGCAAGUGGAAAUCGGCUGCAUGCUGUCACUCGGCACGGGCCAGAUUCCGCUGAGUCCGUUGGAUCCGCUUCACGUCGAAAUUACGAAUCCGCUGUCGUCAACAUUUGCUCUGAAGAAUCUGGGGCUGAUCUUGGUUGACCAAGUGACAGCUACAGAAGGCGCCCCGGUCGACCGUUCACGGUCCUGGUGCUCCUCCGUUGGUGUACCAUUCUUCAGACUAUCGGCUCCUUUGCACAAGGAUAUUUCCCUGGGUUGCAAGGACGAUCAUGAUAUUGCUCACAUGAUGUGGGACUGCAUUGAAUAUACUUACCAGCACCGUGCAUACCUCGACCGGAUGUGCAAGUUGCUGAAGAAAAUUGGUAAACGCGAACAUCGCGUUGUACAGUUCAACAACGGCCGUACGCACGAUAUGCAGACACAGACCUCUCAGCCGACGACACCGAUGGGCAGCUCCGAAUUGGCC